AUGAAGUGGACCUGGGUGCUUGUGGCAGUUUUGCUGUCCUUUUGUGGGCUAUCGCAGUGCAAGGACAGCCUGGACUUCCCCGAGUAUGAUGGCAAGGACCGUGUCCACGAUCUCAACGCCAAGAACUAUAAGUCUGUGAUGAAGAAGUAUGAUGCCAUGGUGGUUUACUACCAUGAUCAUCCAGGAUCCAGCCGCGUCGCCCAGAGACAGUUUGAGAUUGAGGAGUUGGCCCUUGAGCUUGUAGCCCAGGUCUUGGAUGACUUUGAUGAUGAAGAUAUUGGAGUCGGCCUCAUUGAUGCCAAGCACGACAAAGCCGUUGCAAAGAAACUGGGCCUUGAUGAGUCCGACAGCAUCUUUAUCUUCACAGAUGAUGAAGUCAUAGAAUAUGAUGGCGAGCUUGCAGCAGACACUCUUGUGGAGUUCAUCUAUGAUGUUCUUGAGGACCCAGUGGAAAUUAUUGACAAUAGUAGGGAACUGAAAGGCUUCCACAACGUCGAAGAGGACAUCAAAUUGGUGGGCUACUUUAAGAGUCACAAGUCAGAACAUUUCGUGGCCUUUGACGAUGCUGCUGAAGAGUUCCAUCCUCACAUCAAAUUCUUCGCCACAUUUAAUCCUAAGGUUGCCAAGGCUCUGGAGCUUAAGCUCAAUGAGGUAGACUUCUAUGAACCCUUCAUGGAUGACCCAAUUGUUAUUCCAGGAAAACCUUACACUGAAGACGAACUGGUGGACUUCAUUGAAGAUAAUGACAGACCAACCUUGAGGAAGCUGCAACCACACAACAUGUAUGAAAUCUGGGAGGAUGAUGUUGAUGGUGAACAUAUCAUUGCCUUUGCAGAGGAGGCUGACCCAGACGGUUUUGAGUUCCUUGAGAUCCUGAAGCAAGUUGCUGAAGAUAACACAGAUCACCCUGACCUCAGCAUUGUCUGGAUUGACCCUGAUGAUUUCCCCCUGCUUCUGCCCCACUGGGAGAAGACCUUUGGAAUUGACCUGUCCCACCCACAGAUUGGUGUUGUUGAUGCUGACGAUGCUGACAGCGUGUGGCUGGACAUGGACGAAGGUGAAGAUCUGCCAUCUGUAGACGAGCUGGAGGACUGGAUUGAAGAUGUUCUGUCUGGUGAAAUCGACCCUGAUGAUGACGACGAUGACGAUGAUGAUGAUGAUGAUGACGAUGAUGAUGACGAUGAUGAUGACGAUGACGACGAUGACGACGAUGACGACGACGAUGACGACGAUGACGACGAUGACGACGAUGAUGACGACGAUGAUGAUGACGACGACGAUGAUGACGACGACGAUGAUGACGACGAUGACGACGAUGAUGAUGAUGAUGACGAUGAUGAUGACGACGAUGAUGAUGAUGAUGACGAUGACGACGAUGAUGAUGACGAUGAUGAUGAUGAUGACGACGACGAUGAUGACGACGACGACGACGACGACGAUGAUGAUUAAAUCAUUAAGUCAUAACUUAGACUUCUGACCAAUGCAGUUUCAAGUCAACAUCACAUCACUGUCAAAAACACAUUUUGCAUCUUGUUCUUAUUUUGAACAUGGCACUUCAUUUUGAUAUCUCAUCUUUUCAUCGUCCUUUCUCUUCAUCUUACAAGAACAAUAUUCCAUUACUCAUUCAUCCAUCUCCCCGACAUAUUCAGAUCUCCAUGUAACAAAAUACUAAGAACCCACAGUGCCUUUUUUUUACAACAUGUAACACUGUCUGGUACAAUAAAAGAAGAAAUUCUUCAAACUUUUCCAUCUACUGCUAUUAUUCAACUUUUAUUUUCCAAAGUACUGUUUCGGUGCUGUAUGUGUUAUGUCUGAGUGCACCUGUGGAGCGUGUUGAAGUUUGAAUGUGUUUUAUUUGUCUACUUUUUUUGUUCUCCCCAGUAUUUGAACAACUGAAGUCUAAUCCAAAGGUGCUAGCAGGCUUCUCUGACGGGUCUGAAAUAUCACCAGCCUAAUCUGUGAACUCAAUGUAACACUGUACACUAAAAGUGCUGUACAUGGAUGUUUUCUACAAUGACGAAAUAUGACAACAGCCAUAUUCUAUUUUUGUAACAAGAGACAUUUAAUUAACUGUAAAGUCUUAA